ACUCAGCACAGAGGAUCAAAUUCCUCCGGGAGGAACUCUGAGACAAAAAGCUGACACUGGAGGCUUGAGGAGGUAUAAACAGAAGUGGAGACUGCCCUCACCCAACGACCAAAGCCACUAGCGCCACAGUGCUGGGCCAGAACCUCUGCACUUGGUCAGUGGCCCCCCGUCUCCCGGACCUGCCUCCCUCCUUCCCCUCAGCUUCAGCCUGAGAGAAAAGAAGGAUGGAGCCAGACAGGACUCAGAUGAAACUUGACCCCAGGUACACGGCCGACCUUCUGGAGCUGCUGCAAACCAAUUACAGCAUCUCCUCUGCCUGCUUUUCUCACCCUCCCACUGCAUCCCAGCUCCUGAGAGAAUUGGGCCCGGUGGAAACUACCCUCACCGUCAUCUUGACCUUUCUCACCAUUGGCUCCAUUGCCAUCUUCGUGGAGGGUGCUAUUUACCUGUACAAGAACACCGUUUGCCCCAUCAAGAAGAGAACUCUGAUCUGGAGCAGCUCCGCUCCCACGGUGGUGUCUGUGUUCUGCUGCUUUGGUCUCUGGAUCCCGCGUGCCCUCACACUCGUGGAAAUGGCCAUAGCUUCGUUUUACGCUGUAUGUUUUUACCUGCUGAUGCUUGUCAUGGUGGAAGGCUUUGGUGGGAAGGAAGCAGUAAUGAAGACAUUGAAGGACACCCCGAUGAGGGUGCACACGGGUCCCUGCUGCUGCUGCUGUCCCUGCUGCCCACCCCUCAUACUUACCAGGAAGAAGCUCCAGCUGCUGAUGUUGGGCCCUUUCCAGUACGCCUUCUUAAAGAUAAUGCUGAACCUAGUAGGCCUGUUUCUCAUCCCUGACGGCAUCUUUGACCCAUCCGAUAUCUCUGAGAAGAGUACGGCUCUGUGGAUCAACACUUUCCUUGGCGUGUCCACUCUGUUGGCCCUCUGGUGCCUGGCCAUCCUUUUCCGUCAAGCCAGGUUGCACCUGGGUGAACAGAAUAUGGGAUCCAAGUUUGCUCUGUUCCAGACACUAGUCAUCCUGACCGCCCUGCAGCCCUCCAUUUUCUCCGUCUUGGCUAGCACUAGGCAGAUUGCUUGCUCACCUCCCUUUUCUUCUAAAACCAGGUCUCAAGUGAUGAACUGCCACAUGCUCAUCCUGGAGACCUUCCUGAUGACGGUGCUGACACGAAUGUACUACCGAAGGAAAGAUGACAAGGUUGGGUAUGAGAGUUGUUUGCCGCCAGACCUGGACUCAAAACUCAAAGCCUGAGGCGAGCGGCCUGGACUAUGGAAGAGAUGCUGUACUUCUCGGAAGGGCAUGAGAUUUCUCCGUCCCUUGACCUUAAUCAGUGGGUAAGGGUCCCGCUGGCAGCUUCCACGUGACUAUAGGGAUGAGGGUAAUAUGCAGUAGGCUGAGACCGUUCCGAGUCUUUCUCAGGGAAGGCAUUUGAAGUUUUGUAAUAAACAGUGAAAGCUGAAACCCUUA